GGACAGUAAUCUCGUGCCAUCAUUAGCCAUUCUCUCAGAAAUCAGUAAAUUAACAUGAUGCAUUUGCCUCAAAGUCUAGUGUUGUCUUUUUUUGGCCUUGUUCUCCUCCUCCUGGUUUUGGAGCCUUAUUCAUGCAGAGCUGCUGCCCCAACCCCAGUCCCAUCCGAUCUCAAAGCUUGCGGGUUCAAAGCAAUAUAUUGUUUUGGAGAUUCAAUUUACGAUACUGGGAAUAAUAAUGUUGAGAAACCUGGUUCCAUUACCAACUUUCUUCCCUACGGGAUGACACUUGGGAAACCCAACGGCAGAUUCUCUGAUGGCCUCCUCAUAAUCGAUCGUUUUGUCGAAUCAGCUGGGCUGUCUGAGACUAGCAAUCCGGACCUGAACACCAAGUUGGAUCAUUCCAAAGGCGCAAACUUUGCAGUGGGAGGCACUGGGAUUUUGACCCAAGAACAGAGGCUGAAGUGGAAUGUGACUUUGCCAUAUUCCCAAACCAGCAUGGACAUUCAACUCCAACGCUUCGACCAGCUUGUAAAGGAGAUGUAUAAAGAUGAGACUGUUCGUCGAGACAUCAUGAAGUCAUCUCUGUUCGUGAUUGGCGGUGGAAACAUAGACUAUGCUAAGCUCUACUUUCCCGGGUGCCAUUGCCCUGGGUGCGCAUGUUUGGCUGUGGAGGAAAAGAAAGUGGUCAUCAACCCGGAAGAUGUUCGAGCGAUCAGAGCUGAUAACUGCAAUUGCACUGCCGUGGUGGAAAGGAAACUCAUCAUCCCUGACGAAGUUCACCAAAUAAAAGAAUAUGUUAAAACACUUAUGGGUUAUGGAGCCACAACAUUCCUGAUAAACGGAAUGUACCAAGGUGGAUGCUUGCCCUGGUCCAUGGCUCCGGUUGAUGAUAAGGUUUUCUGCAGCACCGAAUGGCAAGAAUUCCACAACAACCACAACAAAGCCGUCCAACAGGCAGUUCUGGAGAUGAAGAAGGAAUACCCCGACGCUCGUAUCAUCUACGGCGAUAUCUGGUCCGCACAUCAAUGGCUUUUCGACCACGCCAAGGCUGAAGGGUUCACCAAUCUCAACAAAGCUUGUUGCGUCGAUUGUGGUCCAAACGCCGCACAUUGCCCAGACCCCAACCAGUACAUAUAUUGGGAUGGAGGCCAUAUGACGGAUCACUCUUACAAGUUAAUUGCCGACGUUAUGAUUCCACAAAUCUCCAAGGACUUGGGCUGUCACGCCUAGGCUACCCACUCCAAUCCAUAUUAUGUAAUUUCAUUCAUUAAUUAACUGUUCCUUAGGGACAAGAAGAGAGACAACCAAAAGAGAAAAAAAGGACAAAAAGUACCAUGUCCUCAUUUGGCACCAUAUAUAUCAUCAAUCAACACCAAUCACGGUGGAUUUAAUAAGAAAUUAUACUUCUUUUAUCAUACCCUACCUACAAUUUUAUUCCCAC